AUGUCGCAGGAUGCGGCUACGCGCGACUUCGAUGCAGAGCCACAAGGUCCUGCGCCGGCACGCCGAGAUUCGACCAAGACGCGCCUGGAUCUUGCUGGCGCCGUCGAAGAAGGAAACAUGAGCGACAGACGCCGACACCGCGUCAACGACGAUGCCAUGGGCUACCGUCUCAUCCGCCAGGCUGCCGUACCUACCGGUGCGCCGCCAACGGCGCCGAAGAGUGGCCUGUGCAUCCGUCGUAUACUCGACCAUGGCGCCGGUAUGAAUGCAGAGGGCACCGGCUGUCAGCUCCGCGCAACUGCCGAUCUGUUGCUCGAACGCGGUGCCGACUGUAAUGUGGCGCGACAUCUGGCAACGCCGUAUAUCAUGGGCGUCUUGAUUUCAGCGUACAUGUCGUCCAACAGGGCACUUGUGCGGCUUCAGCUAGACCUAGACCUCGUCUUUGAUGUCGACGAGGUGUUCGAUGAAAGAACCUACAGCACGAACAAGAACGGGUCGGCUCCGCCAAUGUUAAACCAACAACUUAGGUGA